UAUACAUUCAGACACCAUUAACGUUACACCAUUACUUUUUAAUCUUACGUCUACAAUAUAGCACGCAUGAACGCUUUCAUAUAAUGCUUGGAUUCAGGCCAGAGGCUCCUAUAGGAUUCACUGUACGCUAGUACAAAUAAAACAGACCAGGUAUUUUUUUAAAAAUCUAGGCCAAAUUCAAGAAUAUAUAAAACUUAAAUUUUGACCUAGGAGAUAGAACUCGGCACAAUUUUCAGGCCAUUCACAUGAAUAUAAAUUAGCCAUUAUUCUGUGCGGGAUAUAGAUCUAAUAUUAUAGCAUAAAGAACAUUCUUGAGACGUGACAUGCUGACGUCAAGCCGGAAGUUCUCUUAAGGUACCUCCGACACAACGUGCCGCGCAUCGUGGCAUCUCUGACGUCAUGCGAUGCUUCGAGUGGGCGGAGGUGCGGCGGAAGUGCCAGGAGGAGUCGAGCCUGGAGGGGAAGGAGAUUAAAAACACGAUCGUCAUCACGUUUGCCUUCCAGAUAGUCUUUACCGCCUUCAAUGCCUUGCAGAAUCUCCACAGCUCACUGCACGAUGAAGAAAGUCUGGGUCUCAUCUGCCUCUCCAUCCUCUACUUCACCGCCAUCAUCUCCAGUGUCCUCUCCCCCACCAUCAUCGGACUCAUCGGGGCCAAGGCCGUCCUGGUGGCCUACUUUCUGGCCCACGCUGUUUACGUCUUGGCCAACUUUUACCCGUCCUUCGCCACCAUGGUGCCUGCGGCCAUCGCUCUAGGGGCCUUCAACGGGCCGGCUUGGACGUCUCAGGCCCUCUACAUAUCCGCCAACGCCUACUCCUUCUCCAAGAGCUCUUCAGCCUCCCCCUACUCCAUCCUCAGCCGCUUCAACGGUUUUUUCUUCGCCAUGUUCGCCACCACCCAGAUUGUGGGCAAUCUGGUGACCAGCACCGUCAUCAGGGACGGGGUGGGCAACAAGUCGGAGGAGGUCUUCCUCUUUAAGUACUGCGGCAUUGACGACUGCCCGUACUACGAGAACGCUACGCAGAUUGAGGACCCCGAGGCUUGGGUGAUUGACAUAACCCUGGGCUUCUUCAUGGCCUGCGCCCUGUUCGGCCUCCUGCUCGUAUUCUUCCUGCUGACGCCCCUGCCCAAGAGCGACUGGAUCCAGAAGGUCACUAUCCGCAGUACGACCACUUCCUGCUUCAGCGUCUUGCUGACCACUGACAUGAUCCUGCUCGUCCCGUUCAUGCUGUUUACGUCAGUGGAACAUGCGUUCUUAAUGGCGACCUUCACCAAGGCCUACGUCACGUGCGCCAUAGGCAUCCACAUGGUGGGCUACGUCAUGGCCGCCUACGGGGCGACGACCCCCAUCUUUGUCUUCCUCUUCGCCCGCCUGGCGAGGAUCGCCGGCCGCUUCCUUCUGCUGACCAUCUCCAUGUUCACCCACAUCGUUCUCUUCAUCAUCCUCUUCCGCUGGUCGCCUGACGAGGAGGAUGAGGCUCUCAUUUUCGUCAUCCCCAUGGUGUGGGGAGUGGCGGAGAGCAUUCUCCUGGCCCAGGCUAACUCCCUGAUCACCAUGCUGUUCCCCGCCCAGAAGGAACCAGCGUUCGCCAACUUCCACGCCUGGCGCAGCAUGGGCUACUGCAUCACCUUCGUCAACGCCACGUACCUGUGUGUGUCCACCAAGCUGAUCCUCUGCAUCAUCUGCUCCACCCUCGGGCUCGUCCUCUACGUCAUCGUGGAGAUCAAGACCAGGAUGAGGGAAAAGUUGGUGUUCGAGGCCCGAGACUCGAUCGUCUCCUUGCCCCCAUCUGUGACUGUAGAUGGCGACACUAUCAGCUCCACUACCACCAAGAGGACCAGCGUCUCAUCGUUCAGGUCUAUUCAAGAGCGCCUCUCGUUUGAUCACGUGGAGCUUGCUGACGUCAUCAAGGAGGCGCAGAUGGGGUGGAGGCGGGACGAGGACGGGCUGACCUUGGAGGUGAGCAAGGUGAUGAGCACCGAGUACCUGCGUGCAUGCAAGGCCACCCAGCUCUACCACACCCGCCCCGUCUCCAUAGACAUGUCCAGCUUGACCACGCGGCCCUACAACCGUGCCCCUGCCCUGCCCCGGUCCCUGUCUGACGGGCAUAUGCCCUACGCCAGCCCGGCCCGGCGCGACACAAACAGACCUCUGCCCAUGCGCAGUCAGUCGACCAUUGAAUACGUCGAGAAAGUUCGGCACGUCUCGGAUAUUGUCGUGCCCAGCUUCGACAUCAUCCCAGAGGACAUUCUAGAAGACCUCGAAGACGAUUUCAUCAUGCACCGGCAGAAAGACUACGUCACUUCCGAUGACGUUUUUCACAGUGAUCCAAGCGUGGAUCAUUUAGACGUCCCCGACUCGUAUGAGCUUGAGUCUGACGAACCCCCGCCGGGGUUCAAGAAGAAAAGUUUCUUGCGGCGUUUAAGCGCCACCAUUCAGGGGCUACACGACGACUCCAGUUCCAGACGCAGCUCGGAUUUCGAAUUAGAAGUCCCGGCGCCUUCCGGGUCUCAGAGCCCCGAAAACGGACACGUCAAUGCGGGGUUCGUACCGGAUGACGUAACGGACUCAAACGAGGUCCAGGUCGUGGUUCACAACGAGGGCCGGAAGUCCUCGAUGACCUUGAAGUACACGCCCCGGACUUCCUCAACAACGCAGCGCCACGUGGCCUUCGAAAACAACCGCAACGCGCAAAUCACACCGACGGCUGAAAACUCCAACCAAACCGGAAGUAAUGUACCAACGCGACCAGUUACCGAAAACGGACACGCGAAACCGCCAAAAACUGAAAGGUCCGUCUCCAGCGAGUCCGCUAACGGGAAACAAAAAAGAAAAAUUCUCGGGAUUAAAUUCCACAGUGCCAAAAAGACAAAACAAUCCAAUGGAGUCGGGGCCUCCGCGAAAAAUGGCAUCGUUAACGGCGGGUACCAGAGUCAGGAGAGUGUUCAGGACAAGGGGGACGACUCUGGUGCGGACAGUGACGGGUUUGUGCCCGAGGACCAAGUGGUGCCUAACGACACCAGCCAACCCGAUAUUUUAAAUUUCGCGCCGACCAAGAAAAAAAAUCGGGUUCCCAUCAUGGAGAGUGAAGACGUCAACUGUAUAUACUGACAUCUAUACAUUUUGGCAUCUACACACACUGACAUCUGUUUAGACUGACAUUUGUAUAUAGUAACAUUUGUUAUAAUUUAUUGAUGGCAGGAAAUUUUAUAAGUGUCGCUAGUACAAAGGGCAAUAAUCCUAUAAAAAGUUAUCGCAUUUCAAGAAAUACCAUUCCGUAUGGCAAUACUUUGUUUGAUAAAAAUAUUGACAUUGUUUUA